GACAGCCGCAAUGAGGAAGAUUUAGGAUUUAUUUGGUACGGAGCUCAGGACGGAAUGGUCAAAAUUCCGUACCUUCACAGCACUAAGGACAGCUUUUAUAAACGUUUUUUUCUGUUCGGCUAUGUUACAUUGGAAUCUGUGAUUAGCAUUUUACAACAGGGUUCGAGCAGAUAUUAGAUCAAUCUUGAGCACCACCCGAGCACCACCCACCUGGAACAGAUAACCUUAAGGGCAUUGUUGAGCCGGUCUUUUGAAAUACAAAAGAGAUCCCCAAUCUAACUAAGCAAACUUUCUUCUUCUGGCCCAAAGGGGAAAGGAGGGAUUUGUCCAUUUCAAAAGGAUCAGAGCCCUCAGCAGCUUACUCUUCAUUGUGACCCCCACUGCCUAUCCCUAUUAUGACCCAACCCUACCUCCUUCAGGAACCACAUCUGCCUUCACACAGGAAUACUAGCCUCCUAGCUCUUGGCAUGUAUGAGCUGUGGGCAGGGCCCCGGGUGGGGCAAGGUGACCCCGGGACCCCCCACCAUGGCCGAGAAGGCCCAGCAUGGGCCACAGAUGCACUCUGGCCAUAGGCCGACAAGAAAUCUUGAUCCUGUAGACUUGAUCCUUCUACUCCUAAGCCUCAUCAUCCUGCUCAACCUUGGAAUCAAUGUGAUGAUUCUGGUCAGGGAUGGGCCCUGAUCUGGCGCAGUCUCAUGAGGUCCCUACACCGAACAUUUGAUUUCUUUCAACCUAAAGGUAAGAUUCCCAUGAAGCCCCAGCCUUCCAUUAAGAAGCCACCAGGGGUCCCAACUCUGUGCAUCCACUGCACCUUGGACCCCGUGGCUCUAAAUGUGACCCACCCUGCAUCCAAGCGACAUCGCUGCCGUCAUCAACACUCAGGAAGUUGCCAUGGCAGUUAUUGGGGAAGCCAACAGGCAUGUCGCCGCAGUCGCCGAAAUCGUGGCCGCCAACGCCAUCUUCAAUAUCACCACCACCCUCGAACAUCCUUGCCCCCACCCCCUCCUCCCUCACCUGCAAACUCACCCAAUUCCUUCUGUCACCAAGAAACCUGGGACACAGACUUAGAUGACAAUAAAGAGGCCUGGAACCAACAGUCCAACUACCAGCAGACAACUUCUCAUCCUGGAAAUAUCAGGCAUUACAGGGGAUACUGGAGCAGUUACUGUCCAAGAGGACCCAAUCUCUCUCCUCAAGACCAGAAGGCUCCCAGAAGGGUGGAAGCAAAGUCUGAGUUGAGGCUAAAGACUUAUUAUCAGUCACCUCCAAAUAGCUGGCCUCAAAACCUAAAGGAGAACACGGAACCAGGACCGAAUCCCACUUCACCACAAUUCAGACACAGGUUCCCUCCCAAUCCAUCUUGGAUGCCUGGCACUUACAAACCCCUUCCUCAAAGUGGCCAGAUUUUUUAUGAUGGUUGGGAGUUGAGGCAAAGGGCCCGCGAUGGAGGUAGGGGGACCAGUGUCUCCAAGACUCCCCAGUCUGUACCUCGAAGCCCUGAGCUCCAAAGCUAUGCUGAGAAUGUUGUGCCGAGACAGUCAGUGCGGCGUGCCACAGUGCCCCUCAUCCCAGCACACAACCCCCUGAAUCGGACCCAUGUCUCAGCAGGACAUUUGCCCUUUAGCAGCCGGGAGAGGUCAGAGAUAAAACGAUGGGAUGGAGAGCAUAGAGAGCCAUUGCCUCCCCGGAUCACACUAGGCUCAUCCCCUUCCUUCACCAGACUCCCCAUCCAUGAAACACAAAACCAGUGCUCUGCCCCAAAUGAGAAUCUGAUACCUGAGGUCUCUCAACCCCUGUCCUAUGUCUCAGCCUGUGUGACAGCCAGAACUCCAGCCCCCGAUCCAGGCCGAGUACCUGCCUUCAUCCCGCUUAGUAGGAACCCAGGGGGUUUUACUAACUAUCAAGUGUAUGAUAGCCAGGAGCUGAAGCGACAAAUUCAGGAAGGACUUGGGCGCCGAGGUGAGGCCAUUUCCUGCUCUCCUACCAAACCCCGCAUGGGUCCCUCCUCAUCCUGGCACUCUCUACACAGAACCAAGGCUGGGAGGUUGAAGUGAAAACUUUGAGGACAGCUGAUCCAUGUCGGGAGAGACACUGACAGAGAUGGAGUGGGGAAUAAAGAGGCCAACAGGGA